AUGUCAAUAUACAGGGUCGUGGAAGAAAAGAAACUUCACGAGUAUACCGAGAACGAUCACGCGGCACACCAAGUCAUGGAGGCUUUUAAGCACGUGGAUUACAAUAACGUCUCCAAGCUAGGCAUAGACGGGUAUGCUGACGCGGUUCAGCGGGCUUGUGAAGCCCUGUUUCAACAUACAGAAGAGGAAGAACAUGAUCACUACAUAAAACCUUCCUCAGUCCUAGCUCCUGGAAACAUCUCACCUUGCAACCGAUUUCCUGAAAGCACGGGGUGCAUCGGCGAUCUGACCACAUCCUUCAACUCCUCAAGACGGUGGAUUGAGCCAGAUUUUGAUUGA